AUGGUAACUUACCAUGGACUAGCCGAUGGUCUCGUCCCCACCAAAGGUACCGAGGAUUACUACAAUCGCGUCAAGACCACCACUCCAAAUAUUGAAGACUUCUCCCGCUACUUCGAGGUACCGGGUCUUGCGCACUGUUCCGGUGGCAGUGGAGGCCAGCCGACUUCGACGUUCCAAGCACUCGUUGACUGGGUGGGAAGUGGCAUUGUGCCCAAGACACUACCAAUUGGCUUCAACGACACGAGGGGCACGCAGUACGAGAGGAUACUCUGCCCGUACCCUGAAAAAGCACGGCUGAAAAAUUGA